AUGUCUCUGAGCGCGAGCGCGGAAAACUUAUCGUCGGAAGGCCAAGUAAGUGGUGAAAGGUGGAAUAUGUGCCUUGAAUUGGCACUAGAGGGUGAGCGUCUCUGUAAAGCUGGAGAUUGCAAAUCUGGUGUGGCAUUCUUUCAAGCAGCAAUUCAGGCUGGUACAGAUGAUUUAAGGAUACUCAGUGCAAUUUACAGCCAGUUGGGAAAUGCAUAUUUUUACCUGGGAGAUUAUGUGAAAGCAAUGCAUUAUCAUAAACUAGAUUUGACGCUUGCACGUAACAUGGGAGACAAAUUAGGGGAAGCUAAAUCAAGUGGAAAUUUGGGAAACACAUUGAAAGUCAUGGGAAAGUUUGACGAAGCUAUGAUCUGUUGUAAGAGACAUCUUGAAAUCUCCAGAGAAAUUGGAGAUAAACUGAGUGAAGGAAGAGCUUUAUAUAAUUUAGGAAAUGUGUAUCAUGCAAAAGGGAAGCAGGCUGGUAGAGUAGGUCAUCAGGAUCCUGGAGAAUUUUCUGAAGAUGUCCGACAAUGUUUACAGCAAGCUGUACAUUAUUAUGAAGAAAACUUAGAUUUGAUGAAGGAAUUGGAAGACUCUGCUGCUCAAGGUAGAGCAUGUGGGAAUCUAGGAAAUACAUUUUAUCUGCUGGGUGAUUUUCAACAAGCAAUUUACUAUCACAAUGAAAGAUUAAAAAUUGCCAGGGAGUUUGGUGAUAAAGCUGCAGAGAGGAGGGCAAACAGUAACUUAGGAAAUUCACAUAUAUUUCUCGGUGAAUUUGAGAAGGCUGCACAACAUUACAAAAGGACUUUAGAUCUUGCACAAGAUUUAGGAGACAGAGAAGUGGAAGCACAAGCUUGCUAUUCUCUUGGAAAUACAUAUACUCUCCUUCGGGACUACUCAACUGCAAUAGAGUACCACUUGUGGCAUCUUGAAAUAGCUCAGCAACUUAAAGAUCGAGUAGGCGAAGGACGUGCCUGUUGGUCUUUGGGUAAUGCUUAUGCGGCAAUGGGAAACCAUGAAAAGGCAUUGCAUUAUGCCAACCUGCAUCUAAACAUUUCAAAGGAAUUGGAAGAUCCUAUGGGCCAAGCUACAGCACAAAUGAAUGUUGAUGAUCUGCAAAAAAUUUUAGGUUUAGAAGAAGGGCAACAAGAAAAUAACAAGGAAAAUAUUGUCCAAAAACUUUCAACCAAUGCAGGAUCAAAUGUUAAUAUAUCUUCACCUUGUCGAUAUAGACUUAGAAGACAGAGUAUGGAUAAUUUAGAUCUCAUUAAGCUUACACCUGAUGCAAAGUUAAAAGAGCAAGCUGAAUCUCAAACAGACAAAAGUAAUAAUGUGACACCGCAGCUUACUCAAAAAGAAGAAGAUAGUUUCUUUGAUCUUUUGUCUCGUUUUCAAUCUGGCAGAAUGGAUGACCAACGCUGUGCAUUAAACACAAAUCGAAGUCAAAAGUUUAGACCAAUGACGCCAGAAGAAUGCGAUUCGGAUGACAAAGAUGGAGACGAUUUGUUAGAGCUAAUUGCCGGCAUGCAAAGUAAAAGAAUGGACGAACAACGGGUCACGCUCCCUUACUUGCCCGGCCUAAAUACUAACCAGGAUGCAGAUGAUUCCUUUAUUGAAAUGCUUGUUAGAUGUCAGGGGUCGCGUUUAGAGGAUCAACGGAGUCCUCUGCCCGCGCCAUCGACGGUACAAGAUGCUGAAGAAGAACACGGUCAGAGAGCUAAUGGAACUCAAGCAGGUUCUACAGUUCCAGAGGAAGAUCUUUUUGCUUUGAUUCAAAGACUUCAGGCGGGACGAAUGGAAGAUCAGAGAGCUUCAGGGCCAGGCAAAAUGUGUUAAAAACAUUUGCAUAUGAUGGCAGAAAGUGACUUAAAACUAAAUGCGGUUCUAACUUUAUCUAUUCAAAAUCUUAUAGCU